AUGGGCUCAGCUUGCAAGUUGCUGCUAAUUGCGCUUGCCAUCGCAACAGAUGCUCACACGAACGCUUUGACGCUGCACUCUCGGACUGAUGAUGACACCUUCAUCAUACCACGAGAAAGCACUAUUCCGACCAAUACUUCGCCGAGCACCGUCAUCGAUAGUGACGUAUCGGAUAAUACUAAGAGACCAGCAUCUUCAGUCAAUACAGCACCAACAACUUCCUCUAUAUCGGACUCCGAUUCAACAUCGACGCUUGACAACACUGACCAAGAUGCGACCAAGUCAUCUACACACGACUUUGCAACAAUUAGUUCAGGAUCGAUAUCAGAUCGCAACACAAACGACUUGGCGGAUGAAACCAAUUCUACGCCACCACCACCAGCAGUGAUCUCCAAGUCAUCGAUAGACGGUCUUGACUUGGUCAGUCAUAGCAACACGCAGUCGAGUGCGGAUGGUUGGACUGGCAUUGUCGAGGCUCUUUCGGUCGUGUUUGGAGCUCUUGCUUGUGUCGGGGUCGUAAUCAUGGUUGUAACGUACAAGAUAAAACGUGGCGUGAAUGAGAAUGACAGCAACCGUCCUAGCCUCGACUGCGAAUAUAGCGGGGAUUGCUUCGAUGACCGUGCGCUUAGCGUUGUGCAGGAUAAAUCCUCGCUUGUCGCUACGAAGACGCCAGACACUGACUUGGCUGCGUCUGCUUGUAUCGUUAACUUUGUGGAUCCCAAUUCGUCCGUUAGCACAACGUCUUCACUCGGCAGCACCCGAUGCAAGGUGCGCACAAGUUCUGCUGUUCCAAGCUCAAACUCGAAUAGCGAGAGUAGUAUGCAAUUGCAAAACACCCGGCAGGUAGAAGGCAUCGAUGUGGUCCUCACUUUUAAUGAGGAUUGGGAUUCUUCACGCUUAGCACCUGAAGUACAUCUGUAA